AUGGAAGAAUACAAACCCCCAGCUCUCCCCUCUCCAUUCAAUAAUACAACCCCACCACCGACCCUCCUCACCCAAGGCGCAGAAGCCCACCUCUACAAAACCACCUCUCUGAACCCCUCCAUACCCGCCGCCCUAAAGAUCCGCCCUUCAAAACCCUACCGCCAUCCCAUUCUCGACCGCCGACUGACCCGCGCCCGCAUCACCCAGGAAGCACGAUGUCUCGCGAAACUAGUACGCGAGGGCGUGAGCGUGCCGGCUCUCCUCGCCCUAGACUGGGAGGGACACGGCGGGGAGGAAGGCGGAUGGGGCGGAGCCUGGUUAAUGAUGGAAUGGAUCGAGGGUGACGUUGUGCGCGUCGCACUUGAAAAGUGGGAAGCGUGGAUGAAGAAGGCAUCGCUGGACGACCAGCAAACCCAGGCGCAGGAGGCACGUGUACGCGCUUUAAUGAGGAAAAUGGGCGCUGCCAUUGGUGCAUUGCAUAAGGCUGGUGUUGUGCAUGGGGAUUUGACGACGAGUAAUCUGAUGCUACGACCUGUCGAUGAGAAUGAUACCAAUGAGGUUGGGCUGGAUGGGGAUGUGGUGUUGAUUGAUUUCGGGCUUGCGUCGCAGAGUGCGCAGGAUGAAGACCGCGCGGUGGACUUGUAUGUCCUUGAGCGCGCGAUUGCGAGUACGCAUCCGCGCUCUGAGACUUUGGCGGAGGAUUUGAUUAUCGGAUACCGGGAUAGCUACAAGGGGGCACCUUCUGCGCUGAAGAGGUUGGAGGAUGUGCGUUUGAGAGGUCGCAAGAGGAGCAUGCUCGGUUAA